CUGCUGGAGGAAAAUUUUCGUGGAUUUCCAGCAGAAGGGGCAGUGGCUGUUUUAACUGCUUCCUCUAGAGAUCGGAGACGUCGGAGAAGGCAUUCUUAUUUACCGACCAAGAAAGUCCUCCCCCCGCCCUCCAUUAGCUAAUUAAAACAUCUCCAGGAACAUAGCCGACACGAGUUGCAUCAUUUUUCUUGAAGUCAUUCAUUGUUCCAGUGACCUUUCCCUCAUUGCUGAGUCCUUUGGAGUUAUGUCAACAACUGCCUUAAUUACUUUGGUCAGAAGCGGUGGGAACCAGGUGAGAAGGAGAGUACUGCUGCGCUCCUGCAGGCGGGUGACACCCCAGUGCCACAGCUCCACUUCAGAGCCCAGGUGUUCUCGGUUUGACGCAGACGGUAGUGGGCGUCCAGCGACCUGGGACAGUUUUGGGAUCUGGGAUAACCGCAUCGAUGAGCCAAUUCUCUUGCCACCCAGCAUUAAGUAUGGCAAGCCAAUUCCCAAAAUCAGCUUGGAAAACGUGGGCUGCGCCUCGCAGAUUGGCAAACGGAGAGAGAAUGAGGAUCGGUUCGACUACGCUCAGCUGACAGAUGAGAUCCUGUACUUCGCGGUGUAUGAUGGACACGGCGGACCUGCAGCUGCCGAUUUCUGUCACACCCACAUGGAGAAAUGUAUUAGGGAUUUGCUUCCUAAGGAGAAGAACUUGGAAACUGUGUUGACUUUGGCUUUUCUAGAAAUAGAUAAAGCCUUUGCAAGUCACUCCCACCUGUCUGCGGAUGCAACUGUUCUGACCUCUGGGACUACCGCAACAGUAGCCCUGUUGCGAGAUGGUAUUGAACUGGUUGUAGCCAGUGUUGGGGACAGCCGGGCUAUUUUGUGUAGAAAAGGAAAACCCAUGAAGCUGACCACUGACCAUACUCCAGAAAGAAAAGAUGAAAAGGAAAGGAUCAAGAAAUGUGGUGGUUUUGUAGCUUGGAAUAGUUUGGGACAGCCUCACGUAAAUGGCAGACUUGCAAUGACAAGGAGUAUUGGAGAUCUGGAUCUUAAAGCCAGUGGUGUGAUAGCAGAACCUGAGACAAAGAGGAUUAAGCUACAGCAUGCUGACGACAGUUUCCUGGUUCUCACUACGGAUGGAAUUAACUUCAUGGUGAACAGUCAAGAGAUUUGUGACUUUGUGAAUCAGUGCCAUGAUCCCAACGAAGCAGCUCAUGCAGUGACUGAACAGGCAAUACAGUAUGGUACUGAAGAUAACAGUACUGCAGUAGUAGUGCCUUUUGGUGCCUGGGGAAAAUAUAAGAACUCCAGAAUCAACUUCUCAUUCAGCAGAAGCUUUGCCUCCAGUGGACGAUGGGCCUGAUUGUGAGCUGGGACGUGGAGUUUCUGUGCAACAGUUUUUCACUGAGCAUAUCAAGAAACUAUUAGGAUCAAAAAAGUUGCCUGUACCAGUGUGACCUUGUGACUCACUAGAUCAGUACCCAAGUCAGUGUAAACUUCAUAACCAUUUACAUUGUAGUGUUUUCAUAAGUACUCAUCAUACUUUUGCUUAACUAUACAUGCUCGAUAUAAAUGUAUGUGUAAUUAGCUAUUGUGAAUCUCUAAGUUCAAUGAGCAAAAAUAAGAAGUGGUUUUGUUACACUUGAUGACUUGAUGAGAGUGUUAGAUUCCUAAUUUUUAAAAAUCUUAGGCAGCUGUGGGUUUCUUAUGAUCAUUUUUGUUCUUUAUUCAUUUGAACAGGUUCUUCAAGUUCUUUAAAACUAGUCAGUUUGAAUUUCGACAGCUAUUGAAUGUAUUAUCUGCAAGUGUUUAUUUUUAGUAACUAUACCAAGGAGUAAGUGUGAAAACUGAGUUCUCUGUUGCCAUAUUUUGUAUUCUGGACCACUUACUGGUAAUGUAAUCAUGCAAAAGAAAUUAAUCCAAAUAGUAUGAUAUUGCUAAAUUAUAUACAUAUUUAUAAGUAACACACUUGUGUAUUUAGACUGUCACGGCUUUCCCUCCCAUUCAUUCCUAUUUUUCUGUAAUUAAGAAUGUUAUAUAGAGGUGACUAUUCAUUAAUAUCAGAGAAGAAAGCACAGGCCAAGCGUCUUUUGGUCAAAAGAAUACAAAGUUAAAUACUGACAGUUUCAAGUAUUUUGUAUAAAAUUUUCAUUUGUUAUCUCUAACUCUAUGUUUUGUGUUUUGUAUAUAGUAUGUUUAUAUCACUUUUUGUGUAGAGUAAGCAAGUUGGAUAAUUUGUUAGUAAAAAUAAUGCCACAUUGACUGACAAUGCUAUAGACAUAGCCUAAGGUUUAUGUCUCCUUUUCGCUCAUUUCUAAAACCUAUGAAAAAGAAUAAAUCUAAAACAAACAUGAAAACAUUUUGUAGGUCAGCUUGCUAUGUAAUCUAGGAGUGUAAAGCUAUACUUCUUACCUGCAUGUAAUUUUGUUGUUAAAAUGUGAAUCUCUAAACGUGUGUUUGGAAUUACAUCUGCAGUUUAUUUAUGCAAACUAUGUAAAUUUGUUACAUGAGUGGAUGUGUGUAAAUAUGUAUAUUUUGGAGUAAUAUAAAAUUAAAGGGAGCAGUUCUGCAUAGCUUCCUCACCAGUUGGCUUUUUAAAAAUCUUUUUUGGCAGGUGGCUGGUAUGGGGAUCUGAACCUACCAGUUAGCUUUAAGUCCUUAAGACUUUUGAUAAACUGAGGGCAGUUUUCUUACAGGGGAGAACCAGUGGUUAUUGGCAGAUGAGGAAAUAGAUUAAAAAUGGCUGUAGGAGAUAUUUUAUGAGGGGUAAUUUACCUGGAAAAGCCAGGGUCAGAGCCAGCACGCUGAAGCUAUAUUGCGAAAUGGUAAUUUGUCUGUAAAAUAAUAGAUUGUGAGAAAGAUACUCAGUGUUAAGAAUGACAUGGAAUUUUGUGGUAGAAAUGAACAACAACAAAAAAAAAAUGAAAAAGUUGAUGUAAUAUAUACCUUCGACUCUUGGUUUUCAGAGUUGACUUUUUUUCUUUCUUUAAGCUUUAUUUAAAGGUUAUUAGAAGGAAGAGGGCCCAAUAUAAAUAUUCACAUCUUCUCACCUUUUGGGGAAUGGAAGAAAAUAAAUCUUGAAUUUUCCUGCCUGUUAAUCAGGAAUUGUCCUUUGAAAAAAAGUGCUACAUAAAUGUUUUGCAAAAAUGUUCAAGGCAGUUAGGUGAAAGAAGGAAAAACACUGAGAGAUGAAGAACCAAAGUAGACUAGUAAAGCUGGGAAAAUUUCUUGCUAUUUCUGAGCUCCUAACUAAAGCACAGAAUAAAUGUGGAAGCUACAUUUAGGAGUAUGGUAAACCCUGAACCAUUCUUUUUUUUUUUUUUUAAUUUUUAAUUUUUUGAUGGUUGGCUGGUACCUGGAGCUGAACCCUUGACCUUGGUGUUAGAACACUGCACUGUAUCAAAUGAGCUAACUGGCCAGCCUGCAAGUAUAAGUUCUUAAGUUGCCUCUAUAUUAAAAAAUAAAUGCAGUGCUGCUCUUUAUCAGUUGUUCAUUUGUUUUAACACUGCAUUCUAACCAGCUGAGCUAACCAGCCAGCCCCCCCAACCCCCCAUUAAGCACUUCAAAGUCUUACACAUUUUUCUGGGGAAAAAAAUACAGUUUGGAGGGAUCAGUUUUGAUUCUCUCUGAUGUGAACUUUCUCCAAGUUCCAACAUUUAAAAAAAAAAAUUACUUCAAAGAAUUAUUAGCUCAUAAUCUAAAAAAUAGAAAUUAAUUAUUAUUAUUAUUUUGGUGGCUGGCCAGUAUGGGGAACCGACCAUUAUUUUUUUUAAGUGAAAUUUGAUUUGUUUUUAGGAUCUUGGCAAAGAAUGAAUGGGCCUCUUUAAUACCAGACAGGACAUUUAGUUUCCUUUCUAAGAGUGGACAUGGAUUUAAUUUCAUGGUAAUAUGAUAUUAAGAAAAUACUUCAAGGGAGUUUAGCAUUAAACAGUUAAAUACAAGCAUGCAUUUUGUAUUUUCCUUUACCAACUCAAUAGUUCUCAUAUACCCAUGUCUGUUAAAAGUGACAGGAGAUUCUGGUUGGGUUACAUUUUCUCGUGUUUAUCAGAUAAAUUCACUUAUGGAUGACUUAAGCAGAAAUAAAAAGUCAUGUUUUACAAUGUGAAGAAACCCCUGAUGGCCCAAGUGUUGUUUUCAGCAUUUAGGAUGAGACCGAUUGAUGCACUGGCAGCUUCCAUUGAUUGUUAGGUGGUUGAAAUGGUUCAUUGGUAUUGUGGGCUCUUCUUCCAACUCCAAGAGAAUGACUCAUCCACCAUUGGAUUCCAGUAUAGAAUAUGGCAAGCCUGGAACACUGAUCAAUUUAAUCCUAAAUUAAAUUAAUUUCUCCUGAAGUGCUCUUGGGUGCAUUUGUUUUAUGAUUUACUAAAGUACUACCUGGAUGUAUAGUGCCUCCUAUAGUGAGUUGAUGUAAUUGCUGCUUUGGCCAUUGUUUGAAAUGUACUGUAUGUGUUAGAGGAACUGUGAGCAGACUAAAAUCACAUUAUCUGAGUGUUCAAAAUAUCAGUCUAAUAAAAUACAUGUGUUAAAUA